CCGAAUCUUCCGUACUAGUCAACUGGAGCCGCUUAUGUUGUGCAGCAACCAGCGACAGUUUUGAACGACAGGAGGCGAGAGAAGUGUUUGUUUUCAUAGUAAACCGGUGAACGGAAGCUGCUACUUGUUCGUUUUCGAACAAACUGUCGUUUUUGGCCGUCCUGGUGGGUGGAUUAAGUGUGUUUUCAUGUUGUGCAGUUUACAGUGUUUGCGUGAAGACUUCCAACUGGCGAGUGGCAUCAGUCCGCCCGGAGGGUCAUCGUCAGCGGCGACACCCUCUGCUCCGUGACCGCCACACUGGUUAGAAGAUGACCGGAGAGAAGAUCCGCUCCCUGCGCAAGGACCACAGGCCGAGCAAGGACGAGGAUUUACUGGAGCCGGACGAGGAGGCUGCCACCGGGACGUUCACCGCCUCCAAGACGAACAACAAGAGCAGAGCGAGUAAAAUCUUCAGCAAUCACAAGUUAAUCAAGUCUUCAUCCACGCAGCAGCAGCAGCAGCACCAACAGUCGCAGAUUAACGCCAACACCAACACACUGUCAACACCCGAUGUUAUCGAUGACAACAACAAAAACCCCAUCAUCCCAACCGGGCAGGACUUCCCGGUGCAUGAAUGUGUGUUUAAAGGAGAUGUCCGACGCCUGUCUUCACUCAUACGGACGCAGAAUAUCGCCCAGAAAGACAUCCAUGGAAACACACCGUUACAUCUCGCUGUCAUGAUGGGGCACAAAGAGUGUGCCCACCUGCUUCUGGCCCACAAUGCACCAGUGAAGGUGAAGAAUGCUCAGGGAUGGAGCCCCCUUGCCGAGGCCAUCAGCUACGGAGACCGACAAAUGAUCACAGCGCUGCUGAGGAAGUUGAAGCAACAGUCCAGGGAGACGGUGGAGGACAAGAGGCCCAAGCUGCUGAAAGCCCUGAAAGAACUUGGAGACUUUUACUUGGAGCUUCACUGGGACUUCCAAAGUUGGGUGCCUUUGCUCUCCAGAAUCCUGCCUUCAGACGCCUGUAAGAUCUACAAGCAGGGCCUCAACAUCAGAUUGGACACGACCCUGAUUGACUUCACAGACAUGAAGUGUCAGCGCGGGGACCUCAGUUUCAUCUUCAACGGCAACGCCAUCCCCUCCGAGUCUUUUGUUGUGCUCGACAACGAACAGAAAGUCUACCAGCGGAUACACCACGAGGAGUCGGAGAUGGAGACGGAGGAGGAAGUGGACAUUCUGAUGAGCAGCGACGUGUACUCGGCCACUCUCUCCACCAAGUCCAUCACCUUCUCCAGAGCACAGACCGGCUGGCUGUUCAGAGAGGACAAGACGGAGCGCGUGGGAAACUUUCUGGCAGAUUUCUACUCUGUGAACGGCCUGGUGCUGGAGUCCAGGAAGAGACGGGAGCAUCUGAGCGAGGAGGACAUCUUGAGGAACAAAGCCAUCAUGGAGAGCCUCAGCAAAGGAGGGAAUCUCAUCGAGCAGAACUUUGAGCCGACGAGGAGGCAAUCUCUAACUGCCCCUUCACCCAACACUAUAUCCUGGGAGGAAUACAUUACUGCUGACAACGGAAAAGCUCCUCAUCUGGGAAGAGAGCUGGUCUGCAAAGAGAGCAAGAAAAACUUCAAAGCCACGAUAGCCAUGAGUCAAGACUUCCCUCUGGGCAUCGAAUCGUUACUGAAUGUCCUCGAGGUGAUCGCACCCUUCAAGCACUUUAAUAAACUCAGGGAGUUUGUUCAGAUGAAGCUCCCCCCUGGCUUUCCUGUCAAACUAGACAUCCCUGUCUUUCCUACGAUCACAGCCACUGUGACCUUUCAGGAGUUUCGCUACGAUGAGUUUGAUCAGUCCAUUUUUACCAUUCCCAACGACUAUAAAGAAGACCCAAGCCGCUUCCCUGACCUUUAACCUCUCAAGCCGGAAACAAACAUACAACAUUAUGCUACAAAACAUACUUUUUGAAUUACAAACUGAAAAAUGGAGAGAAGAGAACAGCAGAUUUCCAUCGUCCAUCCCAACCCUGAACACAAACUGCAACAAGACGACCACAGUUUGACACACAGGACUUUAAACGGCGUCAUCAAAGCUGGUGGAGGCCCACUGUGGCAGAGAGGUCCACGUCUCCUCUCGUGAAGUGUUUUGAAGCUCAGUGUUGCAGGUUUUUACUCUCACCUUCAGAUCUGGUUUAAUUGAUCAGCCGAGGCAAGAAGUGUAACUAACUCUGUCUCGUCAGUGAGAGGGCAUUGAAGUUUAAAAGAGUGUCAGCAGAGCGGGUGAGUUUUACUGUAUUUGGGGUAUAAGUAGAAGACAGACGACCAGUUCAGUUGAUGCUAUGUAUUUAAGUAUGUAAGUAAUGUUUAUAAAGGGAAUGUGUUUAACUGACCUGUAGUACAGCACUGAUAUUACUGUGUGAGAUGUUGAGGAGGAAUUUCACAAAAAAUACAUUUUAACUUUUUUUCUGCCUGAGCAGACUUUUUAAGAUUUGUGAUAGUAGAUCUGAGAUCAAUGAGACCUAAAAUUGUAUCGAAUCUAAUGCACACCUGUUGUACAGGUGAAUGAUGAGUGAGAAUAAGAACUUUACACUCUCCCCCUUCUUCUAAAGUGUUCAUAUUCACAACACUGAAAAUCAGUUUGGAAAAUGCUGUCUAAUGGCAUCUAUCGAUUUUUGCAGAAUUUUGUAAAGGGAGAGUUUGGAUUUUUUUUUCAAGUGGAGUUGAAUGAGGUACUUGAGUUCAGUGUGCUCCCUGUUUGGAGUAGUAGUCAGGACAUGGAAGUUAUGCAUGAUACUGCUGUGGACAGAGCAGCAGCCACUUAAAAAUAUCAAUAUCAGUUUAUUUAGAAUAUUUUCAAUGCUAGUAGCUACUCUCAAAGCCACCAGACUAAUUUGAUAAAAACAGUGAUUUUACCUGGCAGAACUCGGGAGUAGUUGCCUUGAUUGUUACGUUUGUUGUGUGACUUUGGUGGACCCUUUAAAACAAAAAAAGUCAAACAAUCACACAAACUAGCUAACCAAUCGAGGCAGCGGUGCCCCACCUGUGUUCUCUGAGAUAAAAGGACAUUUUUUGUCAAAAGAAUCUGGUUGCUUUGAUUAGAGCAAAAAUGGAUAUAAGCUUCAGUCCUCUGUCAGAAAGAUAUAUAUCUUAUAUCUUAAUCUAUCUUAAUAUAGAUUGCAUUUAAAUUGCUGCACCUGUCCAAAGCAGUACAUUACUUGGCUUCUGCCCGGUUCUCCUGCCUGCUUCUCCAAACAAAUCUAAAGUAGAUAAUACACUGACUUUGGAUAAGUAUCUCAUACAAAUCCACUUCAAAACACCUGAACUAUCCCUUUUAAAUUGUAUGUAAGUGUGUGUGUGUGUUUGUAACAUUGAUUUUAAUGGGCAUGGAGUAGCAUCACUGAACUUUAGGCACUAUUUAGAACCACUACAGCCCUCUAUGUUCAGUUGAGUUCAUAAACACUGAUUUUUGUGAUACUCAACUUUUAUUCCUGCUUUUGAAUUAUUAUAGUUUCUUCGAGACAACGCUAGAAAUGCUGCAGUUUUUAUGGUACCACAAAGUUUUUUCGUUUAGUUUAUUGGGAGUGGCAGCGUGUGUAAGUAAUGAUGUAAUGAUGUACCUUUGUAAAGUAUGUAACAAACUGUACAAUCGUGCUAAAAGAGAAGAACUGGGGACUGGAGAGUGAGUAGAUAUUAGGGAAUGAAAGACUGAUGACAACAUUCAUGCCAUUUUUACACCAUAACAAGAACCAGGCUUUCCCCUGCACAGUAUGUAAAUACAUGUUUUAUGAGCUUUUGUCUUUUAUGUUCUCUUUCUUAUUCUUUGUGCUGACGAGUUAAAGAUGUCCUCUACGAGAGGAAGAGUUGUGGAUUUUUUUUUUUUAUGUAGCGUCACAAGUUAAAUGAGAGUUUGUUGAUUUGUAACAUGGUGGCAGUUGCUAUUUUUGUACAUAAUUGUCAUGUUUUAAAGGACAAAUGAAUCUCUUAAUUCUUCUGUCAUUAUUUCCCUUUCGGCUAUAUCUGAUAAACCUUUUGAACCUCCUCCACGUGUUGAACAAACAAUCAUCUCCACAGGGUGAAAAGCACAAAGCACCGAGCUCCAGGUGUUGACUGGAGGAAGUUAAACUCUUAUGAGUGCUUAUAGAUGCUGCUAUGGUUUAUGAGCUCUUAAUAAUGUCAACAGGUAUUAUGCUCAUGUUUGUUUGCUGACUCGCCUGCUCCUGGAGUUUAAAAUGAGAGUGUAAUACACAGAGGUGGCGGCUCAAAUUGUGAGCUUCUACACACGCUUUUUUAUAUCCAUCUUCAGUAUCAGAACAACCAAAUAGGGUACAGUACAUUUAAUAUUUCAUAUUGCAUUCCUCCAUACAGGCAAGUGCAGCUAACAUUAUUGUAAGUGUGCCUCCUCACUGACGUAACGCUUUACAUUUUAUUUCAAGCUCCUUCCUGUUUUAAGCUGCUUGAAUUGUCCAUGUUUUAAGGAGGAAAUUCAUCAUUCGUCAUCAUGUCCAUUGUACAGCAAAAACUGUUGUAUAAGUCUGCGACACUAUUUUCAUAUAAAAUGUACUAAAAUAAAAAUUCCACAUAUCU